CACAUCUACAAAAAAAAAGGGAAAACAGGAAAUAAAUGAAUUAAUAUAAAAUGGAGGCAUUGGUCAAUUACAGCAGCGAAGACGAUCAAGAUGAAACUGGCAAUCAGAUACGGGCACCACAAUCAACAACAAGAACAACAUCGUCCUCCUUAAAGCAACAUAAAUCCAAGCAGCGACGCCAACGACAGCAGUGUUCAAGCAGCAGCAGCAGUCGUAGCCGUAGCCGGAGCAGCUCAAAUGACAGCAGCAAUAGCAACAACAGCAGCAGCAUUGAGGACAACCAAAAUCCCAAAUCCAAGAAGAGACAACACCAGCCGCAGCCACAGCAUCAUCAUAAUACUCCACCUUUUGUAUCCUUACCAGCUUCGCUUCCUUCCUCAGGCACAACAUCAGUGCGAGGCAAGCAGCAGCAUCGCCAGCAGACUCUAUCCCAGAGUCAUCAUCAUCAUCAUCAUCAUCAUCAUCAACCUCAUCAAAGGAGCAACAGCAACCGUUCCCACUAUUACGGCAACAAUAACAACAACACUGGCAACAAUCAUAACGAGGAUGCUGGAUUGACUCGCCGUCCAUCGGACAGAGAGAAACGUGAUCUCGAACGAAACAGCAGGGAUAGUCGAGGUGGUGGAGAACAUCGCGAAAGUAGGGAACUAAGCACUAAAAUCGAUCAUCGCCAUCAUCGUACCAAAGAGAGCAGCAGCAGCAGCAGCCAUAGAGAUCGCAGCGAGAGAGAUCGGGAUCGGGAAUGGGAACGAGAACGGGAUCGCGAGCGAGAAAGGGAACGGGAUAGAGAUAGGGACAGAGAAAGAGAACGAGAUCGUGUUAGGGAUCGAGAGCGAGAACGUGAUCGCGAUCGAGAUCAUCGUGUGGUGGAAGAUCGUCAUCAACGUCAACGUGAUAAGGUACCCACAAGCGGCCGUCGUCAUAGGGACGGUGGGCGUCAUAGCGACGGUGUGCGUUCCUCCCACAACCACAAUUCAUCCUCGUCCACGAGCAUUAACAAUACCAACAUCACCUCAUCUUCAUCGGCAUUAGCAUACAAAUCUCAGCGUCGCUCCUAUGAUGAACGCCAACGUCGUCGAUCCCGUUCUCGUUCUCGAACACCCGGCGGCACACCACCUCCAAGCUCUAAUCGGCGUCGCCAACAGCAGCAUCAGCAGCAGGGACAGCGAACUUACCGCGGACGUGACACAAGCAGUGGCUCAAGAACCCCUCCCACUGUAAAGAAGUCGAGCGAUGGAUCGAUACAUCAAUCUUCGGCAGUUUCGUCCGCUGCUUUGGCUGCUGCAAACUCAGCUAUUGCCAUGGCAAAUGCCUCUUCUACAGCUGCUGCAUCUUCUGGUGGUGGCCUACUUCCCACUCCCAAUUAUGCCCCGAAGAUACCAUCAUUAAUGUCCCUAGAACUAAACACUCCCAAACAUACGGCCACUGCUGUUACCGCCUCUGUGGCUGGAGAUGCAUCAUUAGUUACUGGAGCCACAGCUGCAGGAUCAGCAGCCCCCAUCCAAUUACCCAGCUAUUACAAUCCGGGCAUUAUUAAUGCCAAUCGGUAUGCCGAACAGCAACAGAAACGCAAGUUAAUCUGGGGCGCCAAGAAGAGUGAGGAUUCUGCCAAUAAAUGGGGCAAUGCCCAUUUCUCACAGGAUUCCGAUGGCAAGGUGGCCUCGAAGUUUAUGCGUCUGAUGGGCAUCAAGAACAAUAAUAGCACUGAAGGUGGACCAGCUGUGGGUGUAGAAGCAGCCAGUGAGGCGACAGUAGCAGCAGCCCCAACAGCGGCUGGCGAGGAGUCCAUUAACGGCGAUAAUAGGGCUGCUGGAGCCGUAGCUGGUGCCACUGGCAUACCAGCCGAUGUACAACUGCGUCAACGUAUGUUUUCUACCAUGGAACAGCAGUAUGAGGUGGCACGAGCUGCCACCCAUACCAUGCGGGGCGUUGGUCUGGGCUUUGGUUCCCAGCCGCGCACCUUUUGAGACCCAUUUGUGUGGGCAUGAAGAGAUAAGAGACAGAAAAAAGAGA